AUGGGCUCCGACCCGCAGUUUGCCAAAUACCCCGACCUCUCUCUUAGUCAAGAUAUCUUCAACCUCUCAAACCCAGCAUGUCCCCCGUCCUCACGCCAGAGCUCGCUCAAGAAGCUCCAAUCCGCCAUACAAGAGCACAGCAUGGCGCCGCUAUACAGACAUCUUGCCCAUCCGGUAGAGGGUGUACUCAAUAACUCUGGAGAGGGUACGUCACAGUCCCCAGCAGCUGGGUCGAGCCCAGGCGGCACCAGCGCGGUGAUGAUUUCUGAUAUGUUGGCUCGGAGGCCGUCCACCAGCCGAUCGGAGCUGGUGUGGGACGAAAAACUGUAUGAUCGUCUGGUAGCAGAGAAUAAACGGGAGCUGGACGGGUUGGCUAAGGAGGAGGAAGAGGCGGCCGAGGCGGCUGGUGAGACAGAGGUGCAGGCUGCAAGAGGGAAGAAAGCAGAACUCUGGGCCAGAAUAGGUGAUAAGGAUAAAGCGAUUGCAGCGUACGAGGCUGUGUUUGAAAACACCGGAGUUCUGGGUACCAAGAUUGACCUUGUGCUUGCUAUGAUUCGCAUUGGUCUCUUCUUCGGUGACAAGGUGUUCGUUAAGAAAACUGUUGACCGCGCAAACACCCUUGUCGAAUCUGGGGGUGACUGGGACCGUCGAAACCGGCUAAAGGCCUACAAGGGCCUUCACCUGCUUACUAUUCGCAACUAUAACCUUGCCGCGCCUCUAUUACUCGACAGUUUGUCAACAUUCACCAGCUAUGAGCUCUGCAGCUACUCUAACCUAGUUAUCUAUGCUGUCCUCGCCGGAUCGCUGUCUCUUCGACGUGUGGACUUCAAGGCCAAGGUCGUCGAUGCGCCUGAGAUCAAGGCCUUGUUGGGAGAAGGCGAGGACAGGCUAUCGGCGCUGUCAGGUGCUCUCUCCUCAGGCCCCGGAGCCGGUGACGAGGAGAUGAAGGAUGUUGAAACUAGUGCCACCCCUACACCUGCCACAGCAUCAAAGGUAGUCAACCUUAACACUCUCGGCACCGAGACGGGCAUGCAGUCAGAAACUGAAGCUCCUGUCGACUUCACCCCGUUGACCCGCCUGGUUAGCAGCCUGUACAUGGGCCAGUACCGCUCAUUCUUUACCGCACUGGCCGCCGUAGAAGAUAAUUUCCUAAACCAAGACAGGUAUCUGUUCGAGCACCGUGCAUGGUUUGUGCGUGAGAUGAGACUCCGUGGCUAUCAGCAGCUACUGCAGAGCUACCGUGUUGUAGGCCUAGCAAGCAUGGCAGGCGACUUUGGCGUCACCGUUGAUUUCCUCGACCGGGAUCUUGCGAAGUUCAUUGCUGGAGAGAGGAUAUCAUGCACCAUCGACCGAGUCAACGGUAUAAUCGAGACCAACAGACCAGACGACAAGAACAAGCAGUACGCGGAUGUAGUCAAGCAGGGAGACGCAUUGAUCACGAAGCUACAGAAGUACGGCCAGGCCGUGCGUCUCAGAGGCAGCGAGCGUGGCUAG